AGAUGGAGAUAUGGGCAGCUAUGGGGCUUUCUUCAAAGUUUAUUGUUGCAAUCCGCGUGAUAUCAGAACCAUCUGAACUCUCUCCGAGUCCUCUUCAUCCAUAUAUGGUGGAGCAUCUCUAUGGGGUGGCUUUAUUGACUCUGUUCACAUAUCCAGAGAACUGGCGGGCCUUCAAGGCCCAGAUUGCGGCCCAGUACAGUGGUGCACGCCUCAAAGUUGCCAGUACCCCCCCUGCCUUCACCUUCGGACAGACAAACCGUGCCCCUGCCUUCCUCAAUAACUUCCCUCUGGGCAAGGUACCUGCCUACCAGGGAGAUGACGGCUUCUGUCUGUUUGAGAGUAAUGCCAUUGCUCACUACUUGAGCAGUGAUGCCCUGCGUGGCUCCACUCCUCAGGCAGCAGCACAGGUACUGCAGUGGGUGAGCUUCGCUGACUCUGAGAUCAUCCCACCAGCCAGUGCAUGGGUCUUCCCCACUCUGGGAAUCAUGCAGUUCAACAAGCAGGCUACAGAGCAGGCCAAGGAGGAUGUGAAGAGGAUCCUUGGAAUGCUGAACCAACACCUGAACACCCGCACUUUCCUUGUGGGGGAGAGGGUCAGCCUUGCUGACAUUACUGUGGUCUGCUCCAUGCUCUGGCUUUACAAACAGGUCUUGGAGCCUUCCUUCCGUCAGCCAUAUGCCAAUGUGAACCGCUGGUUUGUCACCUGUGUCAACCAGCCUCAGUUCAAGGCUGUUCUUGGAGAAGUUAAACUGUGUGAAAAGAUGGCCCAGUUUGAUGCCAAGAAGUUUGCUGAGAUGCAGCCCAAGAAAGAGGCACCAGCCAAGAAAGAGAAGGGAGGAAAAGAAGCAGCCAAGCCCCAGGAGAAGAAAGAAAAGAAAAAGGAAGAGAAGAAACCUGCUGCAGAAGAAGAAGAAAUGGAUGACUGUGAUGCUGUUUUGGCUUCAGAACCCAAAGCUAAGGACCCCUUUGCACACCUGCCAAAGAGCACAUUUGUCAUGGAUGAGUUCAAGAGAAAGUAUUCCAAUGAGGACACCUUGACAGUUGCCCUUCCUCAUUUCUGGGAAAACUUUGACCGGGAAGGAUACUCGAUCUGGUAUGGUCAGUACAAAUACCCAGAGGAGCUCACGCUUACCUUCAAGAGCUGCAACCUUAUCACAGGAAUGUUCCAACGCCUCGACAAACUCAGAAAGAAUGCCUUUGCCAGUGUCAUCCUUUUUGGCACCAACAACGACAGCAGCAUCUCUGGCAUCUGGGUCUUCAGAGGCCAGGAUCUGGCGUUCACUCUGUCUGAAGACUGGCAAAUUGAUUAUGAGUCCUACGACUGGCGCAAGCUGGAUCCAAACAGCGAGGAUUGCAAGACCAUGGUAAAGGAGUACUUUGCCUGGGAAGGAGAUUUCAAAAAUGUUGGAAAAGCUUUCAACCAGGGCAAGAUCUUCAAGUGAGAGGACGCAGAGACAAUCGAACUAAAGCACUCUGUUUUCCCUCUUACACUUUAAAUAAGGACUUUCAGCCACAUGUGCUUGCUUUGCUGCAAAAAUGACUUGGAAUGACGGUGUUUGAAGACGAGUGAAUUUUGUCUCAGUGGCCCCCAAACUGGUUUUCUGUUGUUUGAUCUGCGAAAUAAAGAACUUCCCUCAAAGCCUUUUAGGGGAUUUAA